CGCUGCGCCACUCUGAACUUGUGACGCUUAUUUGGAAGGGUUGCUCUCUGAAACUCCGUCGCGUGCACCAGAGCAACUAGUCUGAGAAGACAUGCGUGUGGCUGUCAUUGGCGCCGGAGUUAUUGGUUUGGCCACGGCGCAGAGUAUUUACGAGCACUACAACGGUAAAGUCAGCCCGCUGACCAUCGAGGUGUACGCCGACGUCUUCACGCCGCUCACUACCAGCGAUGGCGCUGCAGGCUUCUGGCAGCCGUACCUUCACGAUAAAGGCAACGUCCAGGAAACCAAAUGGAACAAGGAGACCUUUGACUAUCUGCUAAGCUUCCUUAACUCUCCCGAGUGUGUAAAAAUGGGCAUUUUCCUUCAGUCCGGCUACAACCUGUGCACUGAGCCAUCUCCUGACCCUUCGUUCAAAGAUAUCGUGUUGGGUUUUCGCCAGCUGACCGAGCGGGAGCUGGAGAUGUUCCCCGGAUACAAGUUCGGAUGGUUUAACACUGCGCUCAUGGUGGAAGGGAAGAGUUAUUUGCCCUGGCUCACGGAUUGGUUAAAGCAAAGAGGUGUCCAGUUUUACCAGAAGAAGAUAAACUCUUUUAAUGAGCUGGCUGACAGUGGAGUGGAUGUCAUCAUUAACUGCACUGGAGUGAGAUCCGGUGAACUCCAGCCUGAUCCGGAACUCAAACCGGGUCGGGGACAGAUCAUCAAGGUGGAUGCCCCUUGGUUGAAACACUGGAUCCUUACGCACAGUUCAGAUAAGGGUGUCUACAACUCGCCUUAUAUUAUACCAGGGAGUCGUUUAGUGACAGUUGGUGGAGUUUUCCAAAUAGGAAACUGGAGUACCCACAACAAUUCCGUUGACCACAAAAAGAUUUGGGAAGCAGCGUGUGAACUGGAACCCAGUCUCAAGCAUGCCAGGAUAGUGGAGGACUGGGCAGGACUCAGACCCGUGCGCAGUAAAGUGCGUCUCGAAAGAGAGACCAUGCAGUCGGGUGCGAAAACAUUUGAGGUUAUCCAUAACUACGGGCAUGGAGGUUUCGGCCUGACCAUCCACAGAGGCUGCGCAGAGGAAGCUGCCAGGCUUUUCGGGGACAUCCUGGAACAGAAAGGGCCAAAAUCCCGCCUGUGAUCAAGUGGGCAACCAGCACAGUGCCACUCAGUUAGUCAAGACAGUCCACGUGCCGCUGAGGAACAUUCAAACAGCGUUUGUCUGGACGGUUGUUCUUACAUGACUGAUUGUAGUGUAGAAGCUGGCUUUAGGACACAGAUCUAGUGGGUGAAUAUGUAUGCUAACAUCCAAAAUAAAUUCAGAUUUAAGCAUUCCUACGAAAUCUGAGUAACAGAGGAGCGAGUGGCCUUUUGCUGUUUAGCCUGGAAUUUGAUGUCACAUUGGCAGUUCAAAAACGAUUAAAAUUAACAUGUUAAUUAACGAGUAACUGAUUACAACAGGGAAGUUUAAUAUUUGUCCUAAACCCACUACUGCUAGACUAUCUUAUCCUUCUUUUACCGUCUCUGAGGGGAAAAUAAUGCCGCCAUUACUCUUUACUAACAGAGACAUGGGAAAUGAUUUUAUAGAGGUAAUAAACAGAUCAUAGAACUUAUGAUGAAAUAAUAACUUUGAUGGAAGUUGUUGCAGUAUUAAUUAUUAAUGCCUCACAAAAAAAUGGAUCAUGUUUCCGUGUUGAUACAAAUGUUGGACAGAAUCCUGUCAUUAUUUUUAAUGACUGACUGAAUUCAGCAAUAUAUUAAAAAAAAAAAAAGA